AUGGAAACAUUCCCGUUUUUAGCCGCUUCUUCUGAUAAACAGAAAGAAGCAUUUGUUGGGAGAACUAGACAAGGUCCAUCUAAUGAACGUCUUCAUCGAUUAUGUCAGAAGCGACUAGAGAAAUCUGUUACUAAAAGUUCCUAUGUUCGGUACAUGUUGGAUGCAAUGAAACAGUUAGGAUGUGAAGUGAAGAUUGAUCGUCACUUAGUAUGCGAACCAUGUGGUUCCAAUGUAUUAGGUGGGUUUGACCCUCAUACUCAUCAGAUAGUGUUAUGUGAGAACACUAUAUAUUCUCAAGGUUGUAUGAAUGAUACAUUGACUCAUGAAUUAAUUCAUGCAUACGACUACUGUAGAGCUCAUUUGGACUGGAACAACCUCAAACAUUUAGCAUGUACCGAGAUUAGAGCAGCUAAUUUAAGCGGAGACUGUUCUUUUUGGAAAGAAAACUUUGCAAGACUGAAAUUUGGUUGGAAGAAACAUCAACAAGAGUGUGUCAAAGAGAGAGCUACCAAAUCUAUUCUAUGUGUUCAAGAUGUGUCUGAAACUGAAGCUAGAGCUGCCGUUGAAUCUGUUUUUGAUACCUGUUUUAAGGACACUGUCCCAUUUGAACGAGUACCACCUUAA